AUGUCAAGGUCGAGUAUUGCACCCCCUCCGGGAUCAGAAGCUGAGAGGACAAUGCUCAGUUCAGAACUCUAUAAGGUUGUUUUAGCCGUGGGUGGUUGUGAAUUGAAAAUAGACUGGCCGAAGGUCUCAUGGGCUCUUCCCAAACAGCCUCUAUUUGUUGCCCCGGUGGCUGAUGAAUUUGGCGACACAAGCAGUCCCUAUAGUCGAGUUCGAGAGGUGAUUUUAAAGAGGUUGGAGGAUAACCAAUUUGUCACAUUUGGAUAUAUCAGACAGAAACUCAUAGAAAGUGGGUUAAAAAUUACUGAUAACAAUCUUAGAACUACUAUCAAGAGAUACUGCAUCUACCGCCAAUCAAAGUACUUUCUGCGCUACACAGUUGACGAAAGGCCAUAG